AUGCUUAUGUUUACUAAAAUCACGUGCUCUUACCGGGCCAAGAUUGUCGAAGCCAUGAUGAAGGGCGAUAUUGUGGGCCUCUUCGUGACGAAGGGACCUCUUGAAUCGCACCAGAAAGGAGUUGGUGAAAACUUCGCGGGAGCAAGUCGCGGCGAUCAGUACAGUAACGGUGAUACAUUGCAGCCACAUGAUCUCUGUGACCACCGGCGGCUGACUGAAGUCGGACUCCCGUUGACGUCACUAAAUAUCGACCCAGGAACCGCGCACGCGCCAUAUAAUUCACAGAUUAUAAAGGAAUAUUGUUUUGAUGUAGCAACCCACAUGUGUCGACCUUGUUUGUACGCAUCUUGA